AUGCGAAUCCAUAAGUGCUGGUUUUGUUCAGCAAACAUCUACCCAGGUCAUGGGACCACAUUCGUAAGGAGUGACUGCACAGUAUUUAGAUUCUGCAGGCCAAAGUGCUUCAAGCUCUUCAAGAAAAGACUGAAUCCAAGAAAAAUCAAAUGGACCAAGAUUUCACGUAAGCUGGCCAAUAAAGAGCUUAUCAAUGAUCCAAUAAUGCAGUUUGAAAGAAGAGUUGAUGUGCCUGCCGUAUACAACAGAGAAGUCCUUUUGCAGACGAUUGAUGCAAUUCCAAAGAUAGCCAAAGUUAAGCAGAGAAGAGAGAAUCUCUUUAUAGCCAAUAGAAUACUUUCAAGACAAGAAGAAUCAAAGGCCAGAGAUCUUAAAUUUAUCGAGAAGCACAAACAUCUUCUUAGUAAGGAGACCAUUCAGGUAGAGCCCAGGGAAGCUAAAGCACAUAAGAAAACAGAAAAAGAGGCUGAGUACAACUAA